UCUCCUUCCCUAUCUCUGUUUACCUUACUGUAAAUCACUACACCAACAGGUAAACCAGCUAAACAGGACAUGCUUUACUUAUCAAGUGAUGCAGACUAUUUGGGUAAUGCUAGCACGUCUUUCUUGGAAGACAGUGAGGUCCAUGCGAUGAUGCUGUUCUUAUUUUAAGAUAUAUAUAUUCUUCUCAUCAGUUUGAAAAUGGCUGAGAUUGGGGUUCUGGAAAUAAGACAGUCUCAUGUGUCUUAAAUGAUACAUGGCUGCUUCUGUUCUCCCUGUCUUAGACUGUCAUAGGGGACAAAUUAGCUGAUUUCACUGUUUCCCUCCCCAGGAAGGUAAAAUAAUCACGCGCAAAGACAACAUCGCGCAGUCGGUGUACGUCCAUGGCCAUGCUACUACAAUUGUGCCACAUGUCAUUGCAAUCUGUAGUUAAGCUAGCAGACGUGAUAAGCAGGCAGACAUCUGACUAGCACUCUCUCACUGUUUACAGACGGGUGACCAUCAAACAGGCAAAACAUUUCAGUGAACGUGUAAGUAUGGUCAUGUCAAAGUGGUGCAAGCAGUUUUUGGGUUUUAGCCUGUAGAUCAUUGAUUGCCGGUAGCCUAAUUACAGCAUGGUUAGAGCCUCGGUUAGACUUACUUGAGUAGCUAUUACCACAUUAGGUACUUCAUACUUAACUAUAUCACAUAGACAAUGGCUGAUUGGAUGAUUACGUUGCUGGUAAGAAUGCGUUGCUCGAAAAGAUUGAAUGAUUUGUUUAUUUCGGGUUGAGUGAAUACAAAUUGGGGUUGAGAGCUUGUGAUGCGCAUUUAGCAACAUGUGACUGAAUACUGACUUUUGAAAUGACGUUUGACGUGAGGUCUAGGCCUGGACUGAUAGAGCACAGCACUUUGGGUUUACAGUUGUUUGAGUUAAGCCCAUUUUGCAAGAGACUAGCCUUAGCAAACAAAAGCAAUGAUCAACGCGACAAUACCCCGUUAUUAUUCAAACUAAUGUAUUUACCUGAAACGCAGUCCUCUUGUAGGGUCAGCACUGCUUUUUUUGGAAGUUAUUUCUUUACCUUACGCAGCCAGUAUGUUGUUUUUUCUCAGAUAAGGCGUCAGGCUUGUCCAGUUCUUGAGCAACAUCUGUCAAAAAAAAACAACAACCAACCAAACCGAGGAGAAAAGAACUGCAUGUUCCAAAAACAGAGGGCAAAGCUCACCAAAUAACUAGGACUCUGCCAGAAAAGGUUCACUCCCCCGUCAGUAGGAUGACGACUUCAUAGCGCUCAGGAUCUCAGAUGGUCCCGCUGGUUGACCCUGGAUAAUAGCAGAGCGAGGCUUUUGGUGUCCUGGCACACUGGAACCAUACAGCUUCCAACAUGUUCAAAAGUGGGCUGAAGAUCAUGGGGCUCACCCCCGACCUGUUCCCUGAAACACCCCUGGUGCCGUCCCUGCCCGCGAUAUCGGCGGCACGAGCCAGCCACGCUCGGAAGCCCCGGAGGCGCAGCAGCAGCGGGAGCGAGAGCGCCGCCAGGCCUCGGCCGUCGCGCUCGGCCCCCGGGCCGGGCCCCGGCAGAGGCAGCAUGGAGGUGGGCAUGCGCGCGGUGCGUGGCCUGGACUGGAAAUGGGGGAACCAGGAUGACGGCGAGGGCCACGUGGGCACCGUGGUGGAGAUCGGGCGGCAGGGCAGCACUACGACGCCAGACAAGACCGUGGUGGUGCAGUGGGACAGCGGCACACGAACCAACUACCGCACUGGCUACCAGGGUUCCUUUGACCUGCUGCUUUAUGAUAACGCUCAAAUCGGCGUGCGUCACUCCAACAUCAUCUGUGACAGCUGCAAGAAGCACGGCAUCAUGGGAAUGCGAUGGAAGUGCAAGGUGUGCUUCGACUAUGACCUGUGCACCCAGUGUUACAUGAACAACAAGCACGACCUCGGCCACGCUUUCGAGCGCUACGAGACAGCGCACUCCCAGCCAGUGUGCUUGGCACCGAGGCAGAACCUCCCACGGAUCAUCCUCAAAGGAAUCUUCCAGGGGGUUAAAGUGGUUCGUGGACCUGACUGGGAUUGGGGCAACCAAGACGGCGGGGAGGGUAAGGUUGGGAAGGUAGUGGACAUUCGCGGCUGGGACACGGAGUCUGGUCGCAGCGUGGCCAGUGUCUCCUGGUCCAAUGGCACCACCAAUGUCUACCGAAUGGGCCACAAGGGCAAAGUAGACCUCAAAUACGUGUCCGACGGCCAAGGAGGCUUCUAUUACAAAGACCACCUACCAAAGCUCGGAGAGCACGCGGAGCUGCAGCACCAGGAGAGUGCUGACAGCCACUCCUUCCAGCAAAGCGACAAGGUCAAAUGUCUCUUGGAGGUGGAGAUCCUGCGACAGAUGCAGGAGGGCCACGGAGGGUGGAACCCCAAAAUGGCUGAGUACAUUUGCCGGAUCGGGACUGUACAUAGAAUCACUGACCGAGGAGACGUCAGAGUCCAGUACAGCAACAACAUCCGCUGGACUUUCCAUCCUGGGGCCCUCACCAAGGUGAACACUUUUGGAGUUGGCGAACUAGUCAAAGUAUUGGAGGACAUCGAGAAUGUGAAGAGACUGCAGGCGGGCCACGGAGAGUGGACAGACAGCAUGGCUCCUGUGCUUGGCCAGGCCGGGAAAGUGUUGAAAGUAUAUGCUGAUGGUGACCUACGGGUGGCGUUUGCAGGCCAGACGUGGACGUUCAACCCAGCGUGCCUCUCGUCCCAGACCGUGGAGGUGGACGCCAACCUCAUGACAGCCGAGAACCCCAACGAAUCUGGAAGUACUGUCAUCUCAGUGUUGGAGAAGCUGCUGUCUCAGUCCACAGAGCAGGACAAUCCCAGCCGGCUGGUCAUUGAGGCAGCACACGGCAGUGCCAACAAAGUGCGGGAGUUGGUGCUGAAGUAUCCUGACAAGGUGGAUAUAAAGAACCAGGGCAAGACUGCACUGCAGGUCGCUGCUCACCAAGGCCACAUGGAGGUGGUGAAGGCCCUGCUGCAGGCCAACAGCUCCAUCGAGGUCAAGGAUGAAGAUGGAGACACAGCAUUGCACUACACUGCUUUCGGUAACCAGGCAGAGAUCACACGGCUGCUAUUGAGCAAAGGGGCAAAUGUCAACCUCCUGAACAACUCCAUGUGCACGGCGCUCCACAUUGCUGUCAACAAGGGCUUCACUGACGUGGUGCGAGUGCUGACCGAACAUUUGGCUGACGUCAAUCUCCAGGAUUCAUAUGGGGACACACCGCUCCAUGACGCCAUUGCUAAAGAUUUCCGAAAUAUCAUCGAGAUCCUGGUGUUGGUGCCCAACAUUGACUUCACACAGCAGAACCACAGAGGCUUCAACCUGCUGCACCAUGCUGCCCUCAAAGGAAACAAACUGGCCACAGAGAAGAUCCUGGGCAGAGCGCGGCAGCUGGUGGACGUUAAGAAGGAGGACGGCUUCUCCGCGCUGCAUCUGGCCUCCCUCAACAACCACCGGGAUGUCGGCGAGAUCCUCGUCAAGGAGGGACGCUGCGACAUCAACAUCCGCAACAACCGGAACCAGACGCCGCUGCAGCUGGCGGUCACGCAGGGCCACACCGACCUGGUGCAGCUGCUGGUGUCUGAGGGCGCCGACGUUAACAUGGAGGACGAGGACGGUGACACGGCCAUGCACGUGGCCCUCCUUCGCCCGCAGCUGGCCAACGUUAUGCUCAGCCCCGCCGUGGGAACCAGCAGCACCGAGGAGAGCAGCGAAGGUUGCUCCUCCACGUCGCUCUACUGCAGGCUGAGCGCUUCAGGUCUUCUGGGGAAUGCCGAGCUGAGCGUUGGCUCGGCCAUCGCUUGUUUUCUAGCGCAGGAAGGGGCCGACGUCAACUACGCCAACCACAAGGGAAAGAGUCCCCUGGACCUGGUGGCGGACAGCACCAUGCUGCAGCUCAUCAAGAGCUUCUCUGAGAAACACAGGUUGCAGCGUCUGCAGGCCAUCACAUGUGGGCAGGGCCUGAGCAGCGCCAGCCUGCGGCGGGUCCACACUACGCCAAACACCAUGACCAACCUGGUUCUUCCCACGCCGCCGGGGCCCAGCGAAUGCCUCAUCUGCUCCGAGCUAGCUCUGCUGGUUCUCUUCUGCCCCUGCCAGCACAGCGUGGCCUGUGAAGAGUGUGCCCAUCGAAUGAAGAAAUGCAUCAAAUGCCAAGUCACCAUCACCAAGAAAAUUAGACAAGACCAAACAGAGGUGGACUGCAGCCCCGGCACCGAGAACUCGGAGCAGCACAACCUGCUGGAGCAGCUGCAGUCUCGCUACCGCCAGAUGGAGGAGCGCAUCACCUGCCCCAUCUGCAUCGACAACCACAUCAAGCUGGUCUUCCAGUGCGGACACGCCUCCUGCAUCGACUGCAGCGCCGCGCUCAAGGCCUGCCCGAUCUGCCGGCAGACCAUCCGCGAGCGCAUCCAGUUAUUCGUCUGAGCUCCUCUGUCAUCUCAGCUCUUAACAACCCCCCCCCCUAUCGAACACUCGCUCAGCCCAUAGGUCGCUUUACCAUAAGACGCUGUUACAUCGCUGAGUCCACUGUUUGUUACAUUUUGAGUAGUUUCCCUCUCGAGCAGCGCAGGCAGGAACAUGUCGAUAACUUUAACUUAAUUUUUUGACGUCAGAACAGCCGAGCCGGACGGGAAGCAGACGAGGCAAAUGUUGCGAGGCGAUGCUGCCUCUUUCGAGUACUUUUGAUUGGUAAGCCGGGAGAAAAAUGUCCCCCAUCUCUUCUUUUUCCCCUCUCCCACCCAGCCUCCACCUCCUGUAAUCUGUCCCAUCUUUGCUGCUUUAAGUGGAUGUCUGUUACCCAUCAUCCUCUCUGGCUGUCCGGCCUCCUCUGUUUACAAGGCUGCGCAGAAUCAGUCCCCGUCUUCUCGCCCCUCAGCCCGUCCUCUGAAUUAUGUUUGCUCUCAUUUGUACCAAUCUCUUAAUAAUCAGUGUUAGUCUCUGCAGAGGGAGUUGGUAUAACUAAAGGCUCUCUAUAUAUAGUCCCCAACCACUCGCCUGUAUGCAAGGGGAAAUACACACUAUAUAUGCAUGAAUAUAUGCAUAUUGUAAAGCUGAAAAUGACUGUGUUAUCAUGGGUGAUUUGUCGUUGUUUUAUUUCUCUCUGGUUACAUUUGUGGUUUUUAAUGUAGCGAUCAGUACAGGUUAUUAUUUAUGUGUGAAAGGUGGUAUUACUCAGUAAUGUCCUUUUUAUUUCAGUUGAUGUUUGCUCGGCAAAAAUGUUUUUGUUUCUACUGAACUUCACCCCAAGCCUAUGUCCUCUACUCAGGGUAUCAAACCAUUGAAAUCACUUGUGAUAUCCAUAACAGGUUAAAGAGUCCCACACACACACACACACACACACACACACACACACACACACAGACAGAGCUACAGUGUAUCGGAUCAUUUUAGUGGAGGGUCACAUAAAGGUGUGCAGUCGUGACUCAAAAUUCACUUUAUCAACCCUCAGAGUUUCACCGUCAUUCGUGAAAUGAAUGUUUGUAGAAGAGUUGCUGCAACAAAACUGACAUCAAAACAAUGUCCUUGAAGCAUCCAAGUCAGCUUUAAAGCAUUGUGUCGGUCGGCCUGUUUGUGUCUGAAGACCCCAGUCUGUGUGUCAUCUGACUGGUGUAGAGACCCCCACGAGCAGCGGGUACUCAUCUUUUGUUAUUUAUCCACCAGAUGCAUUGUAAGAUAUAGAAUCAGAAGGGCAAAAACGUGACAUUGUUUUGUUGCACCUCUAGUUCCACUUCUACCUUUCCCCAGUGGAGUCAUUUCAAAAGACCCCCCCUUUCUCCUCUGGAGUUCUGGAUUGUACAUCAUCUUCAUCCUUUCUAAAGUGUUGGUGUGUUUUAUUGAAGGGCUUAUGCAUAUGAAAAAAAAAAAAUCCUAUCUAUUUUAAUUGUAAUUUCAUUUUCAUUUUCUAUAAUAAACUUCUUUUUUUUUGGUUGUCUUCAUUAGAUCCCAUAUUUUGGGAGAGCCAAUGUUUUAAGAUGUACAUUUGAAUGUCGGGGAAGAAAAAUGUAUCCUGUCUCACUGCCUUUUUUUUUUUAAUGUGUAAAGAAAAAAGAGUUUUAAUUUGAGGAAAGAACUUCUACAUCUGUGCCAAAUCGCAUGAGGAUGUGCAUGGAUGGGCAUGCACGCCCGAAAUUUAUCUACACGCACUAUGCUAAGCCCCUCCGAGCUCAAGGGAGGGUUCAAUUGUUCCAGCGGUGUGAAGUAAACUAAAAGCAAACAUUGAUAUUUGAUUUAGUUCAAAGUAAGAAGUGUUAUCUCAGCACACUCAGUCACUGGCGUUAGAAGUUGAGCUAAUGGUGUUAGCCUCCUAACUUCAGCUGUUGUGCGCCGAACCGCCUCAUGUUCUCAAUGACGAGUGACGCAAUGGUCACCUCCAAAAUAUUACCAGUCCCAUAUUGUUUGGAGCUUUUUACAAGUAUAUAUAUAUUUAUAUUUUGUGAGACACUAUCAAUAGAGGGACACGUUUCUUACAGAAGUUGCGACCUUUUUAAGGAUUGUCCGCUGGUGUCCUGAGCUAAUGGGUCCCGAGGUAAAGGCAAUAAUGUUUUAGAAAAAGGGGAAGAUGUUUGAGUUCUUUCUUUUUUCCUCCCCCUUAAGGAGGUCUCUGUGAGGGCGGGAAACCAAUUCAUGUAUAAAAACACAAAGCAGCAAAUGUUACUAUUGGUGUUUGUACAGUUCAGCUCUCGGAGUUCUGAUGUUGGCCUUACUGUCCAUUCCUCCUCUGUUGAUGUUUUUUCAGUUAUAUUCUGUACAAACAUAUUUUGCAAUAAAUAUGGAACUGUUUUAUAAGGA